GACGCGUUCAACCAGACCAGGUGUGCCGCGCGCGCCGCCCGACGUAGUGGUAGUGCCGACGCGUGAUAGUUUGCGUGCGUGACGGCGUGUGUGCGUGUGUGUGUGUGUCACUGGAUUUAGCGGUGCUGCACGCCGCUGACUUGGAUUGCAAAGCAGCUGAGCUGCGGAGGUCGUCCGGGUCCAGUCGGAAGGGCCGCAGCGGCUGCAGCCUCCACGGCGACGGGGUUCAUCGCCUCCCCGCGGCGUCGUGCCGUGCCUGGCCGCGCCGCGCUGACUCACUCCCGCGCCGAAGUGCCUGGCCGGGGACCGGGCGACCGGCUGCAGGACUCGCCGAAACAACAACACGGUGACUCAUCCCAAGGCCGCCGCCACCGCCACUGGAAAGACGCGUGCUUUUCCCGGUAGCGCCCGGACGGACGGGGCGGACCAGCCCAGCCGGCGGCGUGACGAGCCAAGGACGCCGUCAACGCGCCGUGGCGGCGGGUCGCGGCGGCCACCCCACGGCGGCGACGCUUACAUGCGCGCGGCGGCCACCAGCGGUCUCGUAAGGAAGGGCGGCCGACCUCGGCCAUGAACAUCAACAUCAUGUCCACGUCCACCAAGUCCCCCGGGCCCGGCCCGGGCAACGUCAAGCAGAUGACGUCGCUGUACGCGGCGGGCCGCCAGCCCUCGCAGACGCAGAUCCCCGUGCCCAAGAAGUUCACCUCGUCGAUGAGGGUGGGCCUGGACAAUGGCAGCCCGCACCCCGGCACCACCUCGCCGUCGCCCGUGCGCUCGUCCUCCGUGGCCGCCAGGGCGCAGAUGUUCCAGAGCGGGAGCAACAACGCCAACGCCAACGGCGGCGGCUUCCACAGCAGGAGCGGCAGCUCCAGCAGCAGCAACGGUUCCUUCAGUCGCACCAACAGCUCCGGCAACCUGCUGGCGUCCGGGGGCUGCAGCCCCACCAAGACGGUCACCGGGCUGUCCUUCAACGGCAAGAGCGGCAGCAACGGCAGCGCCUACGGGGGCAGCAGCGUGGCCUUCAGCAACGGCGCGCCCCCCAGCCCCGCCAGGCUCAACGGCAGCAGCGUGGCCUUCAGCAACGGCGCGCCGCUGAGCCCCGCGAGGAACGCCUCCAGCAACAGCAGCAGUGUCGCCUUCAGCAACGGCGCCCCCUUGAGCCCCAGAAACGCCCCCAACAGCAGCAGCGUGGCGUUCAACAACGGCGCGCCGCUGAGCCCCGCCAGAGUCACCACCAACGGCAGCAGCGUGGCCCUGAGCAACGGCAUGCCCCCCGUCAGCCCCUUGAAGUCGGCGGCCGCCCCCGUCAACGGCAGCGGCUUCAGCAACGGCGCGCCGCCCAGCCCCGGCCUGUCGCCCUCCGUGGCGGACAAGUGGCGAGCCAAGUACGAGGACGCGGAGCGCAAGAGGAAGGCCUUGCUCACCAGCUCCGAGAAGAACGCGCGCGAGGCGUCCGAACUGCAACGCAAGCUGCAGCAGCUGCAGAAGGAGCACGACACCACCAAGCGGGAGCUCAAGGACCGCGAGGACAAGCUGACGCAGCUGCGGACAGUGUCGGAGCGCGUGUACAAGGAGUAUGACCAGCUCAAGAACCGCUACGAGGUGGAGACGGGAGCCAUGCACCAGGCGAUGCAGAGAGCCUCGGAGUGGUACAAGCAGAACCGCGAGCUGAAGCGGCGCUCCACCGCCAUCAUGCAGAAGGUGAUCCAGGUGCAGCCCGACGGCGCGCUCCUGGACCUCCUCGCCGACGAGACGGACGCGGCGCAGGCGGCCAAGGACGAGGACGACCUGGAGGACCUGCGCAACACCGUCAAACGUCUGAGUGGCGAGGUGGCGCGCCUCCAGUCCGAGCUCAACGCGGCCCGCCUGCAGGAGUUCGAGGCCCAGGAGGCGGCCGUCACGGCCUCCGCCGAGCUGGACGAGUCCCGGCGCACGCAGGCUGAGCUGGCCGAGCUGAGGGCGCUCAGGGACAACAUGGCGGCGGCCGCGAGCCUGGUGCAGAAGGAGGUGGCGGCCCUGCGCCAGCAGUGCGAGCAGGAGCGGCAGGCCGCGAGGCGCAUGAAGACGGAGGCCGACAUGGCCGUCAAGGAGCGCAACGUGAUGGCGCACCAGAGCUCGCUGCUGGCCGAGGCGCUGUCCCAGGACGACCGCCUGCUGCCCAUGCUGGCCGAGGUGGAGAACCUCAAGCGGCUGCUGGAGGAGGAGCGGUGCCGCGUGCGCGAGCUGCAGGCACUGCAGGAGCCGCACGGCGACGGCGACGAGGUGGAGAUGCUGGACGAGCGCCUCAAGAUCGCCGAGGAGGAGCUGCGGCACGCCGCCACCAGGGCGGACCGCGCCGAGCGCGAGAGCUGCGAGCUGCGAGAAAGGCUAUCGCAGAUGGAGAAGGACCUCGAGGAGCGCAAGAACGCGGCGCCGCCGCCGCCUCCACCGCCCAUGGCGCCGCCGAUGCCGCCCCCGCCGCCACCCCCGCCCAUGCCGGCCCUCGGCCUCGGGGGCGGCGUCGCGGCCGUCAAGCUGCGCACCCGCGGCGGCAGCGGCGGCAGCAGCGCCACCGGCUCCAGCGAGGACCUCGUCAACGCCGAGAGGAACUUGACGGCCGUCCAGGACAUGGCCAACUUGCUGGGCAUUCCCCGCAAGCCGCAGGUCCCGGAGGCAAUCCCAGGAGGUGCCAUCGACAAUAUCAUUAACGAAAUCAAAGGUGGACGGUUCACCUUAAAAGCAACAGAGCAAAAUUUGCAGAAGGAAAAGAAAGAGCCGCCGGCAGUAACGGAAAUGCUCAACAUUCUGGGUACCCUGAGACGUCGUCCCAAGGCAGCUGCAGACAAUGCUUCAGUACCCUCAGAAGCACCCAGAGAUGUAGCUUUAUAGAUAGGAACCAACACAAAAUCUGUUAUUGUUAUGCAACUGUGUUUUCCAUGAGGAGGAGAAACUGUAAGAUAAUGAAAAACUGCUCUGUUAACUCAAGGGUCAAAAUUAUGUUGGUCAUUGUAUAGCUUUAUUUUAUUACUGCCUAACAUAAUUUUGACCUGUUUCCACUGGUAUUGCAGUGAUUUAUUUAAUGGAUGAUUUGAGCCAUAUUGAUCAUAGGAUAAAUAGAUCUAGAAAUCUGUUGCCAAUCUUAUUGAUGAGACCGAAAAAUCACCCACUACUUGUGCUUUGUGUAGUGCCAAAGUAAUGUUUUUUUUCUCAUGUUGUGUUUUGUCUUUGUAAGACUUGUAAAUAGUAGUUAUAUCUUCAACCGCUUAGGAUUUGAGAUGAUGACCAAGACUUCAUUUGUACUUUUACAAAAUUCCUUUUAAGCCGAGUGAAUACUUAAUAUCUAGCUGUAAGUUAUCAUUGACUAUAUUGAGUAUUAUUGCUUUAAUUGUAAAUACUGGUGCUUUAUUUCGUAUUUAUGUUGCGGGAAGGGUAACCUAAACUUGCAUACCACUAUUUGCUCAUUAAAAAUCUGGAAAUUUAUUAAAAUGCUGACAUAUACAAUAUUUUUUUAACAUUAACUGUCUUUAAAUAGAACUUUACUCCAAAGCACAAAAGUAGCUUUGACUGAAAUAAAUAAGUUGGACCAAUGCAUUGCAUAAUGCCUUAAUUUUAAUUUACAUCUUAGUUCCGAGGACAAGUUCCUUUAGUAUCAUGAAGAAUUCUUGUACAUAGUAUGUUUUAGAUUCGAACUUGGAUGUACUAUAGUAGGCAUUUAAUAAGGAAUCUCAUAUGAUUGAUGAUCAAUAAACUGUAUUCAACAA